AUGGAAACAAGCCAAUUGCUAAAGAAAGUUCUGAAGAAGGAUACCUUAUCCACAGAGGACAUUGUCUUUCUCCUGGGAAAAGUAGAUGUUGCGAUCAGCUGCUCUGACUGCAAAGUGCUGUUUUACAAGAGCGUGGAGAGGGCACUAGUGCAUCAUUACGAAGAGGCCUAUGGUGUUUGCAUACCGUCCAGGGUCUACAAUAUCAAUGAGAUCCAUGGAUUGAUAUUGUUCUUGCACAUAAAGAAAUACGGGUAUCCAGAGGUUGAUGUAGACCUCGAAAGGUUUUUUGAAAACUUGUUUUUCAGUGGCAUCGGAGAAAUGGAGGUAAAACAACUGAAGGAGGAGAACGAAAGACUCACAAAGGAGAAUGAAGAGCUGAGAGAAAGGAUAAACGAAAUGAACAAUGCGUGGAUAGAUAGAGGAUUUGAAGAGGGAGAGUUCAGAAGCGUGGAUGAGGAUGUCCUGUCAAGGAUGGAGAGGGAUCUGGCUGCACUAAGAGAACAAGUCGACUUUGAGCAUCCCUUGAUACUGGAGGCAUGGUACAGAUUAGGAGAGGAAUACAUUAAAGGCAGGCAUUAA